GGCGCGAAACGCGGCCCAAAGUGUCCCACCUGCCAUCUGCCAACUAGCAACUACCUUCUGCCACCUGCCACCUGCCACCUGCCUGGGCGACCUCCGCUGACAUUGAGCCCUCUUUAUAGGGAAAGCACCCAGUAGACCGCCGCCCACUGCCCCACUAAAAUCCACCAUCGUUGUUGUUCGUGUCGCACGCCAGGCGACGCUUAAAAAAAUAUAGAAAAGAAACCAAGAAGCGGCGUCGCAGAAAACUUUCCAACUCGCGCGGACACUUCAAGUUUUUUGGCUUAAAGCGCGAAUCCCGACAAGUUCUGCACGCCAGCAAAAAUAAAGGGGGUUUACCAAUAAACAAAAAAAAGUUCCCAAAAACCGAGGAAAUUGUCAAGUUUGGGGGGGCAAAAACUACAAAUUUUAGUGCGAGUUAAAUCGAACACUUUACUUAAAGUGUUGAAGAAAGUUGUUUUGGGAUUCUUGAAGUGAAUUAAUGCCAACAAAUAAAACCUUUUCUACUUUACAAAAAAUUCUAGAGAACAAAGAUGUAAAAUUGAAAUUGUUUUGGAAAAAUCUCUUUUAGGAAAAUAGUUUCUGGGUUCAAUUAACCAUUAUACUCCUCUAUUUGGUUAUUAUUGACAAGAUCCGAAAUAUUUAAAGUAAAUUAGAUAAAUUCCAUAGUUCGGAGAAUUUAUAGAAUUUUGCCGCAGCCACUUUUUCUUAGGUGACUUUAAUUUACUUGAAGACGUCUUAAAGCGGGUCAUUAACCAACAAUUAAUAAAAAUAAAUAUGAAUAGUUCUCCCCAUUGUAAGAAUUUUGUAGUAAGCCAAAGGACAAUUGAAGUAUAGUUAUUUAGAUUAGGAAGUUCCUUAAGACACGCAAUUUGUCGCAACAACUUUUCUUUCCCAAAUAAAUGGGUUUGGGGUUUGUCAGAGGUAUUCUGCUAGCGUGCCGGAUUGCAAAUUAGCGGCAAUCGGUAGCUUCGCAUUGCCAUAAAUCAACUGGUCAAUCGAUCAUUACCAUUUGGGUGACCGAAAGAGGACCCUUCGCAGGGGAAACCCCGGAGCGGAGUGCUCCAUUCGUCGGUGGUCACUAGUCAAAGCAGGAUGUCCUUCGCGGAUGACAGUUACAGCUUUGGGCGCUGCUACGAGUAUCAGCCCGAGGAUUCUAAAUGGCAGGCCACAGGAUCCAGGCCCGUGGUGCCGGCCACCGUGUUGGCCACGCACAGGGAAUCAUCCAGCAGCACCGAAGGCCAGGAGUCCACCGUGGACAUGGACAGAAACGAUGCCGACAUCAACUUCCAGCGGGUGUCCAUUUCGGGGGAGGACACCAGUGGCGUUCCCCUCGAGGAUUUGGAGCGGGCCUCGACUCUGCUGAUCGAAGCACUGCGCAUGCGCAGCCACUACAUGGCCAUGUCGGAUCAGUCGUUCCCCUCGACCACGGCGCGGUUCCUCAAGACGGUGAAGCUCAAGGAUCGCAUCAACAACCUGCCCGUCAAGGAGGUGUCUAACAUCAUUCGCAAAAUGAGUGUAACGAACAUACAAGACGUCCAUGCUAGGCCAUCGCAGUUGAAGAUAACGAAUCCCUGGAACGUGGAGUUUCCCAAAGAUGAGGAUUUCCGUAUCAAGCCCCUCAACGGAGUGUUUCACAUCUACGAGAAUGACGAAGACAGCAGUGAGAUUAAGUUCGCAUAUCCGGACAUGAGCCAAUUUGUGAACGACAUGCAGGUCAUGUGCAAUAUGAUCGCCGAUGGGCCACUGAAAUCCUUCUGCUAUCGUCGCCUGUGCUAUCUGUCGUCCAAGUACCAGAUGCACGUGCUCCUCAACGAGCUGCGGGAACUGGCCGCCCAGAAGGCGGUGCCGCAUCGCGAUUUCUACAACACACGCAAGGUGGACACCCACAUCCAUGCCGCAUCCUGCAUGAACCAGAAGCACCUGCUGCGCUUCAUCAAGAAGACGCUGAAGAACAACGCCAACGAGGUGGUGACCCACACCAACGGCCAGGCGAUGACCCUGGCCCAGGUGUUCCAGUCGAUGAACCUGACCACCUACGACCUGACCGUCGACAUGCUGGACGUGCACGCGGAUCGCAACACGUUCCACCGCUUCGACAAGUUCAACUCCAAGUACAAUCCCAUCGGGGAGUCGCGGCUCAGGGAGGUGUUCCUCAAGACGGACAAUUAUCUGAAUGGCAAAUACUUUGCACAGAUCAUAAAGGAAGUUGCCUUCGAUUUGGAGGAGUCAAAGUACCAGAACGCCGAGCUGCGUCUCUCCAUCUAUGGCAAAUCCCCAGAUGAGUGGAACAAACUGGCCAGGUGGGCCAUCGACAAUGAUGUGUACAGCUCGAACAUCCGCUGGCUGAUCCAGAUACCACGUCUCUUCGACAUCUUCAAGUCGAACAAGAUGAUGAAGUCAUUCCAGGAGAUUCUGAACAACAUAUUCCUGCCGCUCUUCGAGGCGACAGCCAGACCCAGCCAGCAUCCGGAUCUGCACCGCUUCCUGCAGUACGUCAUUGGGUUCGAUUCGGUGGACGACGAGUCCAAGCCGGAGAAUCCGCUCUUCGACAACGAUGUGCCCCGGCCGGAGGAAUGGACCUACGAGGAGAAUCCGCCGUAUGCGUACUACAUCUACUACAUGUACGCCAACAUGACGGUGCUGAACAAGUUUAGAGAGUCGCGCGGUAUGAACACCUUUGUGUUGCGGCCCCAUUGCGGCGAGGCUGGACCCGUGCAGCAUCUAGUGUGUGGCUUCCUGAUGGCCGAGAACAUCUCCCACGGCCUCCUGCUCCGCAAGGUGCCCGUGCUGCAGUAUCUGUAUUAUCUGACCCAGAUCGGAAUCGCCAUGUCGCCGCUGUCCAACAACUCGCUAUUCCUCAACUACCAUCGUAAUCCGCUCCCUGAGUACUUGGCCCGGGGUCUCAUCAUCUCCCUCUCCACGGACGACCCCUUGCAAUUCCACUUCACCAAGGAACCCCUUAUGGAGGAGUACAGCAUUGCGGCCCAAGUGUGGAAGCUCAGCUCCUGCGACAUGUGCGAGUUGGCCAGGAACAGUGUGAUAAUGAGUGGUUUCCCCCAUGCCAUCAAGCAGCAGUGGCUGGGACCCGUUUACUACGAGGACGGCAUCAUGGGCAACGACAUCACCCGCACCAAUGUGCCCGAGAUCCGGGUGGCCUAUCGCUAUGAGACCCUGCUGGACGAGCUCUCCAACAUCUUCAAGGUGAACCAGACCUGCUCCCUCAACGAUCAGCACUCAUAGGCUCAUGGCGUUGUUGUGGCUUCCUACGCUAACUUAAUGCAAAUUACGCAGAUAUAUACGCUAGUUAUAUAUAUAUAUAAUUUAAAUGUUUCUGUACUAACCAAAAUGUAAACGCGGCAGACCAAAACCUUUAAAUAUACAAAACUUGUACACGCAA